AAAGCUAAAAGGCAAACUUCUAUAUAGAAAUUGAAAAUUCAACCUUAUAAGUCUAACAUUAGAAAAUGCUCGAGUUCGUUGGUUUUGCUAUUUUAGUAUUAAUUUUCUGGAUUUGGCAAAAAUCAAGGCCGUCCAGAUUUCCCCCUGGGCCUUUAUGUUUGCCGAUAGUCGGUAAUGGCCACAAUUUGAGUUUGAAUCACCUCUUUUUUGGCCAAAUGGAGAAAUUACAUUCAAAAUACGGACCUCUUAUUUCAUUGUCAGUUGCCGGUGAUCAAAUUUGGGAUGUUUGGUUCAGAGAUUACGAAAUUGCGAAGGAAGUCUGGAAUGACCCUAGGUUCUCUUCAAGGUCAAUUGUUCCUCUGGCAGCCAAACUGGAACUCGAAAGGGGCGUGUCUUUUACAAGCGGAGCAGACUCGAGAUCGAAGAGAACCAUGUUGUUUAAAGUUUUCAAGGCGCUCGGAGUUUUCGACAAGUCGGUAUUUUCGGUAGGAGUCGAAAAAGAAGUGGAACUGAUGAUGAACUAUCUCGACACUAUGACUGAGAAAAAUUUGUUCAUUCAGGAAGUAAUGUCUUUCGUCACAAACAACUCUAUUUCGAAACUUCUCUUCAACUUCUCUCUCGAUGACAAUUUUGACAGCCAUCGAAGCUCAAAACGAAACAAGGAUCUCAUGAAAUUGUUCGAGCUUUUCAACCCCACCAAAAAACACUGGUAUCUGCCGUUCGUCAUUAGCCGACACUUGUUCGAAACAAAACAACUAAUCAGGCUUCGCGGCGAACUUUUUCAUUUCAUUGUUGAAAAUUAUAACAAACGAGUAACUAAAAUGAAAUCAGAACGCGGGGAACCUGAAUGUGUUUCCGAUAUCUUGUGGGAAAAAUUCGAUUAUUUUCGAAAAAGUGCAAGUGAAAAACCGUUUUUGGAGGAAGACAUCCCAUACAUAUUGUGGGAAUUGUAUUUGGCAGGUCAAGAAUCGACAAUAAUAACUUUAACUUGGGCUGUUCUAAAUAUGAUUCAUUUCCCUGACGUCCAAGAAAAAGUUUACCAAGAACUCAAACGGAUGUUUCCAUCGCGUGACCAGAUUAUAUCACUGAAUGAGGCAAUGAGUUGCGAUUACCUAAUGGCGACAAUACACGAGUCGCAACGAUUCACGCCGACGUCAUAUACGACGAUUGAUCACAUGGCAAACGAAACAGUUGAAAACUUUCACGGAUACAGGAUCCCAAAAGGCACCCGAAUGAUGUCACACAAUGCUCUGAAUUACAAAAACGGGAACUAUUUUAAAUAUCCUCUCGAGUUUAAUCCGAGAAACUUUCUCAACGAUUCCGAAAAGUACGCAAGAAAUGAACACUUGACGUCCUUUGCGACCGGUCUUAGAGCGUGUCCCGGUCAACACAUUGCCAGAACGGAACUUUUUUUAGUGCUCGCAAACCUUCUAAGAAGGUUCAAGAUUUGUCCGGCUGAAUUUGUUCCACCUCUAGAAGCAAAAAUUGGCAUUACUACGAUUCCGCCUUAUUUUCAGGCCAAGUUGGUUCAAAGAGCCAACUAGUGAAAGUUCAGUCACGUUCUUUAAUUAGACUAUAACUUUAACCUCUCUUUUUUAAUCUUUAUCUUUAACUUCCAUUUUCUACUCUACUGUAAGCAGACUAUUGGCAAUUCUCAGAUCUGAUUAUAAUUGCAAAAGGAUACGAAAUGUUCUUUUGAGUUCUUCAUUCAAGACUGGAUGAAAAUUAACCUUUUAAACUGAAACUUUAGUUGGUAUUUGAAAUCAAAUUUACUUGUUAUUUGUAG